GAUGGAAAUCAUACGAUACAUUAUGAUAAAGAAUUUGUUCCGAUAGUUAUUGAUAAAGAACCUUGGGUGAUAGAUGAGUAUGAAAGAAAUUCUUAUUGUCUUAAUCAAAAGAAAGAAGGAGAAAGAAUACAAACUUUGCAGCUUAUAGUUGGUAGAUCCACGGUUCAAAUUUGGCAUCAAAUCCGUGAUGAUAGUAAAUCUAAGGAUGAACUUUCUAAACUCCCAAACAAAGGAGGACCAGCUUCGAGUGAUAAAGAGAAAACAGAAGAAGAAAUUAGAGAUAUGGAGGAUAAAGAAAUAGAAAAAAUGGAACUUAAUAGAAAAGCGGGAAAGGAAAUGGAAAAGGAUGGAAUUAUGGAAAUGAAAGAAAAAGUAAUUCAAAAGAAAGAUAUUAUUGAAAAAGUUAAUGCGGUAAGACGCGCUUGUAGAGCAUUGGAACAUCUUAAUAAGCGCAGAAGGUUUCUUGUGACUAAUUACAUUAAAAUACAUCAAGUAGGUUACCGAUUAUAA